AUGGGCUCUGAAGGACCAACGGCUGUGAGGAUCAACAUCACAGGCUUCAAGAAGUUCCAUGGAGUUGCUGAAAACCCAACGGAGAAAAUGGCAAAUAACCUUAGAGAGUAUUUAGCCAAGAACAGUCAGUCCAAAGACGUGGUUCUUGGAAGCUGUACUGUGCUUGAAACCGCUGGUCAAGGAGCUCUCGCUUCUCUUUAUCAGUUGCUAGAAACAGCGGUUAACACUAAAGAAUCAGACUCAUUAACCUGCGCAAAAACCAUUUGGGUUCACUUUGGAGUUAAUAGUGGCGCUACGAAGUUCGCAAUCGAGCAACAAGCUGUGAAUGAAGCCACUUUUCGCUGUCCUGAUGAAUUGGGCUGGAAACCUCAGAAUUUGCCAAUUGUUCCUACGGAUGGUCCAAUCUCAACUGUUAGAAAGACUACUCUUCCUGUUGGAGAGAUCACAAAGGCGUUGGAUAAGAAAGGCUUUGAGGUGAUAACAUCAGAUGAUGCAGGAAGAUUUGUGUGCAACUAUGUCUAUUACCACUCACUGAGAUUUGCAGAACAGAACAAGACCAGUUCCCUCUUCGUUCACGUCCCUCUUUUCGUCGCUGUGGAUGAAGAGACUCAGAUGAGAUUCACGGCUUCUCUGCUGGAGGUACUCGCUUCUAUUUGCAAGUAA